CCGUGUUAGAUUACCGGGCCGGCUGCUCGGCUCUUCUGUGCUCCUUGAUCCUACCUGUUCCAUGGUCCAGCACUGUCCUCACCGUCUUUUCUACCCAGCACCGGCAUCUUUACUGUGGGCACCCGGCUCUGGGUGUCCACUGCACAUGCGUGGCAGUCUUCUGGGACCUGUCACGUGUCCGCAGUCUCUGGUCAUCCCCUAUACCGUGUCCGCAGUCUCUGGUCAUCCCCUGUACUGUGUCCGCAGUCUCUGGUCAUCUCCUGUACUAUGUCCGCAGUCUCUGGUCAUCUUCUGUACCAUGUCCGCAGUCUCUGGUCAUCUCCUGUACCAUGUCCGCAGUCUCUGGUCAUCCCCUGUACCGUGUCCACAGUCUCUGGUCAUCUCCUGUAGUAUGUCCGCAGUGUCUGGUCAUUUCCUGUACUAUUGCUGCAGUCCAUUGGUUCAGGAUAUUUUUUUUCUUGUUUUCCUCCCCUAAAACCUAGGUGAGUCUUAUGGUCAGGUGCGUCUUAUG